AUGGGACAGAGCAACAUCACAGACUUUGUCCUCCUUGGCCUCACUCAGGAUCCUGCAGGGCAAAAAGCAUUGUUUGUCAUGUUCUUACUUAUAUACAUUGUGACAGUGGUGGGCAACCUGCUCAUUGUGGUGACAGUCAUUGUCACCCCUUCCUUGGGCUCCCCAAUGUACUUCUUCCUUGGCAGUCUGUCACUCAUGGAUGCUGUUUAUUCUACUGCCUUCUCACCUAAGUUGAUUAUGGACUUAAUCUACAAUAGAAGGACCAUUUCCUUUUCAGUUUGCAUGGGACAGCUCUUUGUAGAGCACUUAUUUGGUGGUGCUGAGGUCUUCCUACUGGUAUUCAUGGCCUUUGAUCGCUAUGUGGCCAUAUGUAAGCCACUGCACUAUUUGACCAUCAUUAACCGACGGGCCUGCAUCUUGCUGUUGGUGCUGGCCUGUGUUGGAGGCUUUGCACACUCCAUGGUUCAAGUUCUGGUUGUUUAUAAUCUUCCUUUCUGUGGUCCCAAUGUCAUUGACCAUUUCAUCUGUGACAUGUACCCAUUGUUGGGACUUGCAUGCACUGACACCUACCUUGUGGGUCUCACUGUGGUUGCCAAUGGUGGAGCCAUAUGUAUGACAGUCUUCAUCCUUCUCCUUGUCUCCUAUGGAGUCAUUCUGAACUCUCUGAAAACUCACAAUGAGGAAGCAAAGCGCAAAGCCCUGUCCACCUGCAGCUCCCACAUCACGGUGGUUGUCCUGUUUUUUGUUCCCUGUAUUUUCAUGUACGUUAGACCUGUAUCUAACUUUCCUAUUGAUAAAUCUCUGACUGUAGUUUAUACAGUUAUCACUCCCAUGUUGAAUCCUAUAAUAUACACCUUGAGAAAUUCAGAGAUGAAAAGCUCUAUGGAAAAACUUUGGCAUGAGCUAUGGACAGAAUAG